CGAGAAAGAGAUACACAGAGAGAUACACACGCGCGCACACAGAAUAGAUAGGUACAGCAAGGCAAGGAGUGAGAUAGAUACUCCGGGACAGCGAGACAGAGAUGAGCCAGGACUGAGAGGGAGAGGUCACCCUCCCCCCAACCCAGGGGCAGAGCGACGCCAGGACACACGGACCAGUCACCCCGGGGGCAUCGAGAGAGCGACUCCCCCCGAUCGAUGCCGCAUUCGGGCAGCCCCCGGAGCUUGGCCGCGGGGGCUCGGCAAUGAAACUGCCGGCGCAGCUUCCCUUCAGCGGCAUGGCGAGGCGGCCAGAGCCGGGGCUCAAGCGGCGGUGCUGAGUGGCAUAUCCCACCCGCACCACCCCCCUCCCCGCACUUCCAUCCCCCGGUGCUGCCCGCCCUGUGUCGCUCUCCCUGAGCCGGCUCACCACCUCUCUGCUGGCAUCGGACGGACGGAGGGAGGGCAUUCGGCCCGUCGCUCCUGCUGCGGUCCCUCUGCACCAUGUCCACCGACUUCGAGCGGCUGUCGCUGAACUCCUCGGCUAACUCCAUGGUGUCGGCGAGCGGCCCGGGCGGGCGCUCGCUCUCGUCCAACGUGAGGAAGCUGCACAACGCUCUGAAUGUUUUACUCAGCGACUACGAGCGGGAGCAGUUCAUCCACUGCCUGAACGCCUACCACUCCAAGCGGAACGUCUUCGACUUGGUGCAGACUCUGAAAGUGAUCCUGAACAGCCAGGAGAAGCGGCAGCUGCUGCCUAUGCUGCGGCUGGUCAUCCCCAGGUCGGACCAGCUGCUGUUUGACCAGUACACCUCGGAGGGACUGUACCUGAAAACCGAACUGCUGAACCCGGGCUCUGACAGCAGCCAAGCCCGCUCCGCCGCCGCUGCUGCCAGCCACGUCCAUCAAUUAGACACCCAGGUCUCCAGACAAGUGCAAGUCAAUUUCAGCACCGAAAAACGGACAACUCCUCCCUAUCCAAGCUUGGUAAUGAAAGAAAAUUGUGGAGAGAUCAGGCAGGUGACACUGAAAAGAAACAAAACCAAUGAAGGUUUGGGUUUCAGCAUCCGAGGAGGAGCUGAGCAUGGGGUCGGCAUCUAUGUGUCACUUGUUGAACAAAACUCAUUGGCUGAAAAAGAAGGGCUUCGCGUAGGAGAUCAGAUCUUGCGAGUGAAUGACAAGGUGUUUGAUAAAGUUACCCAUGGGGAAGCUGUUAAGGUGCUGAAAGGUUCCAAAAAGUUGAUUCUGUCUGUGCACUCAGUUGGCCGUAUUCCAGGAGGCUACAUCACCAACCACGUCUACACCUGGGUGGAUCCACUGGGCCGCAGUGUUUCCCCACCAUCCAACCUGCUCGAACACAAGAGCAACACACGGCGGAUGAAGGAGAGCGAAAAGAAGAGUAACCUUCAACUACUCCGAGAUGGAGAUGAGAAGAAGGUAAACCUUGUCCUUGAUGAUGGGAAGUCAUUGGGCCUGAUGAUCCGAGGUGGUGCUGAAUAUGCCUUAGGAAUUUACAUCACAGGAGUGGACCAGGGAUCUGCAGCAGAAAGUACAGGACUGAAGGUUGGAGACCAGAUUAUAGAGGUGAAUGGCAGAAGUUUUCUCAAUAUUCCCCACGAUGAAGCUGUGAAAAUUUUAAAGUCUUCACGACAUCUCAUGAUGACAAUAAAAGAUGUUGGGAGAUUGCCUCACACUCGGACAGUGGUGGAUGAAACUAAGUGGAUUACAGGUUCAGAGCUCAGUGAGACAGCUGCCUUUAGUGCCUCUGCAGGGUUUGCUGGAGAAGAUGUUGGGAAGGCUACUAAAAAGCCCACGUUUUACAAAGCAUUGGCUGGGUCACAGGUCAUGCUGAGCAACUUAGUGAACCAGGCACGUGCCAUGCUGGAUGAACAAGCCCGGCAUCUACUUAAUGAACAUGAGCGAAAAACUAUGAGUUACUAUCUUGAUGAGUACAAGGAAAACAAUGUAACUGUUCAAGCUCUGGUUAUGGCCCUCUUCGAACUCCUAAACACACAUGCGAAGUUCUCCUUGCUAUCAGAGGUUCGAAGUGUAAUCUCACCUCAAGAUCUGGACAGAUUUGAUAAUAUGGUAUUGAAACGAGAGAUUGAGUCAAUGAAAGCUCGCCAGAAUUCCAGCACAGGCACGGAUUCUUACUCUGUCAUGUCAUAUGGAGACACAGCCUCAUCCUCCGUCAGUUACUUCACAUCUACAACUCUCAGUUCAGCCCGGAAUGACACAGAUCUUACAGGAACAAAUGACCAACUGGAGGGAGAUAGUGGAAAUUUGCCAGACAUCUCUCUUGAUAAUGCGCAGCCCUUCACUGACAACUCGUCAAACUAUAGACCACUUCAACCUGAGCCCACUACUCUAGCCUCUUCACAGCAAAAGACAAUCGGAGACAGACCAAAAUGGAGCUCAUCAGAGUCAUCACACUCGGGCCUUUUCUUCACAGUACCUCACAGUCCUUCGUUAACCACCACAAUCAUCGAUACAGAUGCCACAAGUGAUGGUUCUUCUCUUGCUUCUGCCUCUGUUGUUUCGACAGAUGAGUCUGUUUGUACAGUACACACUAAAACCUUAAAAAUGCAAACUAUGAGUGGUGAGGCGACAGCCCAGCUGUCCCGUGUCAACCAGCACAUCAUCGGACCCUUUCCUAGAGUUAAGUCUCCAACACAGUUGUCUAAUGCCUCAGAGUGUUUCUCACCAUCUCAUCCAAAUCCACCUCCACGUAAUCCAGGCCUCCUUCCUCCAGGGUCAACAGACAAGCCACACCCACAGUUAGCAGCAGCCAAUCAGCACUUUGUAAUGGUAGAAGUGCAUCAACCAAACAGUGAACCUGAUGUCAAUGAAGUUAGGGCAUUACCACAGUCUCGAGAAAUUAUGCCACUGUUCCCACCAGCUGCUGCCCUCUCCCAGUUAUCUGACAGUGGGCAAACUCUCAGUGAGGACAGUGGGGUUGAUGUUGGUGAAAUGGGUGGCAACAGCAAAGACAGCAGUCCCGUUCCUGUGAAGGGAAAAAUCACCAAGGACAUGCCGAGAAAUGAACCCAAACCAGAGGCCGUUUUAAAGCCACCUGGCUUAUUGGAGCCAACCUCGGUGUUGGUGAGAGUCCCGAAAAGUGCACCCACUCUGGGCAUUGCCAUUGAAGGAGGAGCUAACACUCGCCAGCCAUUACCCCGAAUCGUUACUAUACAGAGGGGAGGUUCAGCGCAUAAUUGUGGAAAGUUGAAAGUCGGCCAUGUGAUUUUGGAGGUCAACGGAAUUGCACUUUGCGGAAAGGAACACAAAGAAGCUGCGAGAAGAAUAGCAGAAGCGUUUAAAACCAAAGAGAGAGAUUACAUUGAUUUCCUGGUAACGGAAUUCAAUGUAGCACUUUAAGAACCACUGCUGCUAACGAACUUAUCUUUGAAAAACUCUGAUAAUGUACCGUUAUUAAAACUCCAAGCUUCACAACAGACACAAAGAAAUAAUGAGUCUCCAGCUGCUACAUUUACAUCGUUUCUUUCUCGAGGACCUUAUGCUGCCUGCUGUGGCUGGUGUAGUUCUGCUCAGUAGAAUCCACAAUGUGAAGAAAAUGUUAACCUGUGCAUGUGCAGAAUCCAGUUUUUGGUUUCAGUUCUUUUUUCUGUUUUAAGUUCACCUUUCAGAAUGAUGCCUGUGUACAACAACUAUAAUAUGUACCUUUCUUCUUAGAAUUAGUUACAUAUACAAUGUACAUCUCCUAAUUAACAUGAGUCAGGAUUAAUGUUAAAGCCUGUGAUAGCAUCUUAGGAGACCAACAGAUUCACCUUCACUGCACAUAGCACCAUCUCAAAAACAUUGCAAACAAAGGAGAUUUUCAGAUAUGCUGACAUAGAGCAGCAGCAAAGACUGUGUUUGUCAGUGGUUCCUUUCCUUGAGUGUUCUUCCCUCACUCCACUGCAAAGAUGGCUGGCAGAAGGGAGGUUUGGGUGUUGGGUGGGGGGCUGUUGGAGAUUGACUUAUGGAGUUGUCAACUCUCAGACGUCCGGUUUGCGCAGUCUGCCUUAAACAGCAAGAUGAAAAAGUCAGGCUUUCCUUCUUCGGAGAGUGUUCUAUUCCCAUUAAAUUUGCCAAUCCUGCAGGAAUUUCUAGAGGCACUGGAAUUCCAGAGUGCAUUUGUUCCGAAUCCCUACAGUGUGGAAACAGGCCGUUGAACCCAACAAGCCCACACCAAUUCUCUGAAGAGCAUUCCACCCAUUUCCCAUCGCUAAUCCACCUAACCAAUACACCCCUGGACACUAGGGGCAAUUUAGCCUGGCCAAUCCAACGAACCUGCGCACCUUUGAACUGUAGGAUGAAAUUGGAGCAUCCAGAGAAAAGCCCACACAGUCAUGGGGAGAACAUGCAAACUCCACACAGACAGUCUCACGAGGCUGGAAUUGAACCUGGGUCCCUGACACUGUGAGGCAGCUGUGCUCACCACUGAGCCACCCCUCUUCUUUGUUUGUUUUCUUCAUUUUCUUUUAACAUUUAACCGCUCAAUUGAUAAUUCUGCUGCAGAUGAGAGGAAAUGCUCGUUGACUGGCUGGGGUGACUGGUAGUGUGAGAUCAGAGGCUAAAACUUCCAUGCAAUGACCAACCCCAAGUGGAAACUCUAAUUCCCAUGGGAACGCCAAUUUGAUUCUGAUGAGAUUGAUGAAAAUUAGACGGGAGUACAUUUCUGUUAAAUGUGCAUGAAACGAAAGUCAGUGAUGCAAACAACGGUGCACUGAAUUGGGGUUGGUUUUCCAAGGCUGCAUUUCCCUGUCUCUUCUGCAUAGACUCAGAGAUACAGGAUAUGCACCAAAUAUAAGGGCAGUAGGUUAAUUGAGGAGGAGCACUGAAGCCAUGAGGAGUGAUGCCCAUCCCACUUUGAGUCCCUGCAGUUGCAGUAUAAAUUUUCUUGGACCACAACACACACUUUCUAGGCAAUGGGAAGGGAGUCCCAAGUGCAACAGGAAUAUUUUGAAGGAAAACACCGCGCACACUCACUCACACGCACAAAACCAUAACCACAUGGUCUGCUUGUGGUUUAGAACACUUUUAUUUUGAUCCCAAGUGUAAGAAUAUUAGAGGGAAAUUUCUCCUGUUCACUGUUUAUAUUUAAAUCAUGAAUGUGUUCUUCACUCUUUGCCCUUUGAGGCUUCGAAGGCUGAUCUGUCAAUGGCACCACCUGUAAGUGUGCUAUCAUAAACAGUACAGACUUGCCCAGUUUCCAUGCAUGUUUAUGUGAGCAGACACAAUUUGCAUUUACAUCGAGGGAAAUAAAUGUCCUCACCGUCUUAGCAAAUUGAGAAGCCUACUAUUUUUGUUGCAAUUUCCUCAUUCACCAAUUAAGUCUGCAGUGAGGUCAAUUUGAAAGUUCUCUAGUUCGGGUAGAUUCAAAUUUGGGGGUCACAGGUAAGAUACUGUUUGUAUAUGCUGAGACAUCAAGUUUAUGAUGCGGUAGAGACCCACCACGCAGAAUGAAUACUGAAAAUUAUCCUUAUAACACUGUACUAAUUGUACUACAAGGCACAUUAUUGCUUUGUGACACAAUUCUGAUUGGGUCAUGUAAUUUAGUGUGAACACAGUUGUGCAAUAUCGAGUCCCAACCUCUGCAUUGAUGAAUUCUUCAAGUUGAAGUUGCAUCCAAACUGCGUAGAUUUGAAUAUCAGGUGACACCUGGUGGCCACUUCCAUAACAUGCAGCUGGACGUUCAUAAAAGGGAUAUGCCUCAAAGACUUGUCAGGCUGCAGCAGGCAAACAACCAUCGUUUGAGGCAAUCUGCUUCGAGAACUGCGCUUUAAACAGUGUGCACACAAUGAAAUAAUGCGUUUGAAAAGAUUAUCACCCAACAUUUUAUUACAUGGAGGUGUACUGCAGAAGAUACCAGACUUUUGUCUUGUAAGUUUCAGUUACUUUGUUUCAUACUGUUGCAAUGCUUCAGUAAAUUGCUAAUCAUUAAUGCAAGACGACAUUUCUUUAGCAGCACUGUUCUCAGUAAUGUAGUCUUUGGUACUAUGUUUGAAGGUAUAGAGACCCAUUCAAUGUGUAAAUACUCGACAUAUGAAAUACUGAGACAUAAGGUUCCUCAAGUUUAUUCAACCAUUCAAUAAGAUCAUAGGAAAUCUUUGAUAUCAAACUUUAUUUCCUUACCCUAUCCCUUGAUUUCCCCUCCAUUUCAGGCUUAAAUGUACCCAAUGACUGAGCAUCCAUGACUGUUUGGAGUAGUAAGUUCUGAAAGUCUACUGGCCUCUACGUGAAUACAUUUCUCAUCAUCUCUGCCCUAAAUGGCUGAUUUCUUAUGCCAAGAUCCUGACUAUAGAUCGAGCCUCACCAGCCAGGAGGAAACAGUCUGUCAGUAUUCAGCCUUUCAAAGCCUUCCAAAUUGCCUCUAAACUCCAGACAGUUUUGACCUCAACUAGUCAAUCUCUUGUUAAAGUAGGAUGAACAGUGACAGAAUUAUGUGAAAAAGUUGGAGGCUAUUCAACUCAUUGUGCCUGUACUAAUCCUUUGAAGCACCCGUCCAAUUUGUCCCCCCUCCUUUUGCCAUCACCAAAAACAGCUGCUGAUAUAUAAUAGGUUUGUUUAAGGAUCAUUGUUUUUCAUUAGUCCUAUGCUGUGGCUUCUGUCUGAAAAUAUAAAUGGAGUGUUUCCACAGCAUUUUAUAGAAUUGCAGAGCUCCUUCUUGAAGCAGUUUAUGUAAGUAAGUUAUAAAUUUCAGAAUGUUCAUUAACACGCUAGUUAACUUUUUCCAGUGUUCCCACACAAAUAUUUGUGAGGUCUCACAUCGGCUGUUCUUGUAUUAGUGUUACUUUGAUACACUUCUCCUAUCUUGAUGGCAAUGAUGGACCAAGAGUAUCACUGGAAUAAUAGUUUUUAAGAUGAAUUUCAAAUUCUAAGUCCUGGGAGUUAGCUGAAGGCUCCAGGUUUCUCAGAAUCCAAAUUAGAAACAGCAUUAAAAUAAAAAUAGCAACACUCUUGAACAGGAAUGAAGUGCAUUAGGUGUAACUAUGGCAACCAAAAAACUUCUCAUUUGCAACAAUGAAGAAUCUUCUGUUGCCAUGAUGAGUUUUGUAUCAACGUUCUGUGAAUUUGCAGGCAAAUAAAUAAGUUCUCACACUGACUCCAUCAGUCACUUCGAGGAGCAAAAAGCAGCACAAUGUAACAUAUCACCUCUGAUGGUCACAUCUGAUUCCUUACCCAUGGAUCUCUGUAAUGGCAGGGACAUUUGUGUUAUCAUAGAAUCAUAGAGAUCAAAUACACACAAAAAAGUCAUUUGGCCCAUCGCACCUGUGCCACUCAAAAACAAAUACCUACCUAUUACAAACCCAAACCCCUGGCUCAAUAUGCCAUCUCUCCCAGCUGAAUCAUGAUGUGUUGAAUGAAACAGCAACUUCAGGCAAGGUGGGAACCCUUAGUAAAGAUACCUGAAACUAAGACACUAACGCAUGGUGUUUUCCAUGCAAGAAUUCUAACAUCCUCACUCUUUUUCCCACUCUCGUUCCAGACAGAAUUUUGAGAGGGAGUUGCACCCAAUUUUCUAACUACCAAUUUAAUUCCCAGAUUGUAUCAAAUCAAAAGGUGGCUUCUCAAAUUUAUAUGAAAGGCAAGCAUGCAUCCAGAGAUAAACCAGAAUAGCAGGGAUCUUUGUAAGGGAGGAAGAAACGUUAUUCAUUGGAUAGCCUUCAUAAGGGUAGUUACUUUGCAUCAAAGCAGUUUGAAAUGGGUGAAGAGAUUUGGGCAAUUUGGAAAGACAAAAAUGUUUGUCAGAAAUACAACCUUUUCAUGCUAUAAUGAAUUAGAAAUGAUCUCAGACCUAAAUUCACAGCGGUACCUGUACAAGCUUCUUUCAAUCAUGUUCUAUGGAUGGUUACAGAUAAACCAAUUCACAUUAUCCAACUUCUUCAAAAAGAGGUUACCGAUUAAUUAUAAAAUGGGAAACAACGGUUCUUUCUCUCUGAAAGGCAUUCGAAUAUUCCUUGGGCAUCACUUCCCUAUAGUCCCAAACUGGCCGUCCUUGGCCAAGUUGGACUUUAGUUGUGUAAUCAGGCUGAUUGGCCACAAAAGGGGUGUUGAAGUGGCUCACAGACUGCCCUUUUCAGUGAGGAUCACUGGGUGAUCAGCGAAUAUAACCCUCCUCAUUCUUACCAAAUGGGGAUAAUUGUGACAUCUCUACAGUCACCCCAGUUCAGCUGGUUCAAAAUAAGCCAGACGCACUCUUGUGAUUUAUUACCACAACAAAUCUCAGUGGAGCAUGGAGGGACUGUGUGAUGAGUAGAAGAAGGUACAUCAGAAAUAGUUUCUUUUAUUAGAGAUCUGUAAUAUAAUGACUCAUUGAAAAAUGCAUCGCGCUACCCACUAAACAUGUCACAGCUGUGCAGUUAUUUGAAGGAACACAACUUUGGCUCACCUUUCCUCUCUGUUUGGCUGAAAAAUAGUUGAUUUCUGGGUUCUUUUCUUGUGAUGUGUACUUUGUUAAUUUGUUCAGUGCCAGGACUGUGCAGCAAGUACUCUGCUAUCGGUUUCCCUUCCCUUCUGUUAGGUUGUGCAUCAAUAGCGUGACUUUUCCUUUUUGCACAUUAAUUUGUUUAUAGUCAGACUAAUUAUUAUGGCACUAUACACUACAUGAACCUGUUUCUGUUGUUUGUACAGUUUGUUAUAUCACUUUGUAAAUGGCUUUUAACAUUAUCAGUGUAUUUGUACAGAAUUAGUGCUUUUCAUUUUCCAAUAAACCAAAUAUAGU